UGACAAGAGAAGCCGCGGCUCGCUCAGAGGCAGAGCUUACAAACCGCGACAUCGCGUCGGAGCUCAGCGCGUCCACAACUUGGCCAAAAAGAGCCUCGGGCGUCGCAGAAUUCAAAUCCCCUACUUAAAUAUAAAAGAGAGCGCGCGAUGAAGGAGGCGCACAGAGACAUGGGCAAACUUAGAAAAGCCGCUGACACGGAGUGGAGAGAGGGGGAGAGGAUGGGGAGCUGGUGUCGCAGCGUACUCACUGUGUGGCUGUCGUGUGGUAUCUUGGGUGCCAGCCUCGCACGCAGAACGCCGGUGGAGGAGAGUGGGGUCGCAGAGAAGAUUGGCAGUGCGCGCUGCGCCUCGCGCUGUUUGACGCUGCACAUCACGCAACUCACCGCAGCCUUCAAAAGCCUGCAGAAUGAUGAUAUAUUGGUAUGGUGUGAAAAUAACAGACGGUGUUCUCAAUGUUUACAGCCUUGUAAAGAGUUGUGGGAAAUUCAAACAACCUUAUCUCAGAUAACUUGUGAGCAGAAACAUCAUGAAUGUUUAACAAGUUCUGAGUUUUUGAAAUCUGUCCUGACGCAGAAGCAAGGAGAUUGUCGACCCCCUGAGAAGGCGUCAGGGUUUGCAGCAGCUUGUGUGAUAAGCUGCAGUGCUGAUCAUGAGUGCCCAGGCAACAAAAAGUGCUGCUCAAAUGGCUGUGGGUUCACCUGCCAAGCACCAGCAAAUAUGUUUAAAAGUGUUCCGUUAAAACUCAGAAAAGACUUGACUUUCUUAGAGGAUGAGAAUGGCUUUGUAGAAGUCUCCUGGAUGUCAAAAUUUAAUGUCUCUGUGGAGCCUGUAUUUUAUAUAUUGCAAAGAAGAUGGAAUUACGGCAUUCAUCCAAGUGAAGAUGAAUCAACAGAAUGGCAGACAGUAACAAUGACAACUGAAGAUCAUGCUCUUUUGAGGGACAUAAGACCAAACAGAUGGUAUCAGUUUAGAGUAGCUGCAGUCAAUACCCAUGGUACUAGGGGAUUCACAACUCCCAGCAAGCACUUCCAUUCUUCUAAAGAUCCAACACCACCAGAAACACCAAAAAAUGUAAGAAUUGGCAGUGUUACCAACAGGUCUGAUGGAGCACUGCAGGUGAAAAUUUUUUGGGAUCCCCCUCAAGAUGAUGACCUGUCCAUCCAUCACUAUAAGGUCUCCUGGAGUCCAAAGAUACUAAGAAAAACCCCGAUGGCAACAAAGAAGGAAAGAUUAAAACUAACUCAAGGAAAUACUUCGGAAAUACAGUUGGAGGGUCUCCAGCCUAAUGUGGAUUACCUUAUUCUGGUUCAGGCUGUAUCUUACUGGGGCCAGAAGCGCUUGAAAAGUGCAAAAUCCCAGCUUGUUCUGAUUGCUGGACAAGAUUCCAUUUCUUACAACCACUCAGUCCCACUCUUGGAAGUUUCUAAUGAAUUGCCAAGUUCACAAGUAACAUCAAGCAUUCGGAGACUGGAAGCUGCAGCUCCUCACUACUAUAAUAAUCAGCUGCAAGUUAAAGUGUUCUGGAAAAAGGCACAUGAUGACAAUCAUGGUGAUACUGAUUCCUACCUCCUGACUUGGGCACCUCUGUUCUGUUCCAAAAAUACAACUAAAACUAAGCAAAAGGCAAAUGUGCAGGGGACACAUUUUGUUAUCACAGGACUAGCAUUUGCCUGCAAAUACAAAGUAACUGUGCAGCCUGCAUCUGCUGCUGAAGAGAGAAAUGAAGCAACAGUGUUUGUGACCACUCCGAUGUGUAACUCUGUGAAACUCAAGGGAGCAAGAAACACAGCUUGUCUUCAAGAUGAACACACCAAUUUAGCUGGAAAAAUAACGCUUAGAGCUGAGAAAUUGAUGGCUAUUUUCCGAAAUGUAAAUGGAUCUAUUGUUGGACACUUUCACUGGAAGGUUUCACAGAACCAUCCAUCCUCACUCCCAGUGACUGGAUACCAGUUAAUGUGGACGCAACUCUCACUUAGCAGCAAAGCCAGCUCAUUACCUGACACCAUCAUCUCGCAGACUCAAAUAUUACCACCGGACCAACUGCAAUUCACAGCUCAAAAUCUUUUGCCGGAGACCUUUUACAGAAUUCAAGUGCAAGUUCUUUCACUAAGUGGUAAUGGUCCUGCCAUUGCCAAAACAUUUGAAACACCACAGCUAAACUCUACGAUACUAUAAGGUUUAAACAAAAAUGAUCCACAAGCAUAUGGUAUGUGAAAUUUUCCCUUUAACACCCAGAAUUAUUACUUUUUUUUAAUUUGCCAAGGAAGGUAUGGCCUCACAAACCUGAAUUGGAUUAGCAUGAUUGGACAACAUUGUGUCGUAUGUUUUGUAAGAAAGAAUUGGAAACCUACAAGGUGCAUUAAGUUAUCCAGCCAGUAGCGGGUAAGAAUUAACAAAUGUAGGACCACCGUGAAAAGAAACAGCAAAACAAUGAAAAAAUAAAGUGAUUUUUCUUUCUUUGUCUCAAAACAUAGACUGUAUAUUUCUCAACCUAAAAUGAAGCAUAAAGGGUUAUACAAAAGACAAUUUGGAAUAUUUAUCAGUUUUAUUGCAGCUAAACAAAUACAUUAAAAAGUCAGUAAUAAAGAAAAGUAAACAUUUGACUUGUAGAUUUAGUAAGUUAAAGUAAUGGGCCUGUGCCAAAUGUUAUCUUAAAAAAAAUUGUGACUUUGAAUAGUAUACUUUGAUUUCAAAAAUGUUAACACAAUUAGGGUUAUUAUUAUUUUUUGCAUGUUUUAGAAAGGCCCAGUGGUGCUGGGUGAACUCCAUGAGCUGAAUUACUUGAGUUUGAGAAUGUUAGGGUUAUCUUGUAUUAUGUUUGGGAAGGUAAAACAAUGCUUUAUUUUAUUAUAAAAUAAUACAAAUGUCUUUUCUAUAAUGUUAGGAAAUAGUAAAAGGUAAUCUGAAAUUUUGACAAGUGCCUUCUAGGAAAUAAUGAAAUGUGGUAAUUUGUUAAUUGUUUAAAGAAAUUAUCAUAAUAUAUGUAUUUUCUUAAGAGAAUAUAUGAUCUUUUUAUAGAAUUCAGUGUUUUUUGGUAAAAACUAUCAUUCUGCAAUCCUUCAUUGUAUCCUUCAUGUCCAGAAAGACAUUCAUACACAAAUGAAUGUCAGUAUUUGUUUAAUUAUCUAAAAUAAGUUGUUCCAUAUCUGAUGUCAGAUGCCUGAAUUUUGUCCUGUUAAGAAUGUUUGUCAGGUGUUUACUGCAUCUGUGGCUUCUAUCACAUAAAAAUCACAGUAAGUGGUGGUAAUUUUGUUUUGAAUUAACUACAGUUGGUGGUCUUCUUUUAAGUCUGUUGACUAUCAAACACUACCAGAUAUUUUGUGUACUCUCAUCUGUUAAUCGCCAUUUCUUAUAAAUGCUGUUUUAUUCUGAGAGCUGCCCUCAUUGCCACAGUAUGUCCCAGUGACUCAGUUAGCCAUUGCCUAAGCAGUACUCACAAUAAGUAAAAAAAACUGGCUUAACAUGACUUCAUUCUAUUAGAAAAAUAUCUAAAAAGUAAAGUGAAAUGCAAUCUCUACGACUUCUAAAUAUCCUAUAACUGAAAUUUAUAAAAUGACACUAUGACAGAUUGAGGAAAAUCUUGAACUGUGUACUUUGAAGUGCCUUUGAAAGGCCCUGAUCUCACCGGCAUCUGUUACAAUCAAAAUAAGGACAACUCUGGAUUAAUGAUGUAUUGUGUUUGUUAAUGUAAACAUAAAACAUUUAGUACCUAAAAUGUGUAAGUGUUUUGUUUUAAAUUGAUUACAUUUGAGUAAUUUGUUAAGAGUUGCAAAGAAAACUCUAAAAUGGAAGAUGUCUUAAGUCCAAGUAGUGUAUUGCCUCUGUAUGUUAUAUUUUAUUACUUCGCCUUUCUUUGUAUGAAAUUGCAUUAUUCUGUAAAUAUUGCAAAUUGUUGUACCUCAUUUACCUCAAAUAAAAGAUGGUUAAAUAGAA